AGGCGCGCGCACUGGGAUCUUAAAUGCGCUGCGAUGUCCAAACCUGCAGCCUACGCACCUGAACGACCGGGGGGCCGGACGACGAUGAUGGCGACUUUUUUCAUGAGAGACAUGACAAAAUAAGGCAAGAGCCUGCAAAGAGUGUGUCACUGGCUGUGGUGAAGGUGCGACGUCCGUCAGUGUGUACAGACGGUAGCUGUGUACACACAGGGGGGAGCGAGACGGGGGGAUGAAAGGACUUCCUCUGAAUGUUAAAAUAACCCUCGGGAGAAGAAGACCCCUUCGGAUAAACAUACAUGCAUCUCCGCGCCAAGAGGAAAAGGCCGGGGGCUUCGGGUGAUGUAGCGGGGUGGACCCGACUUGUCUCCAUUGGGCCCCAAUACGCAUCAGCGCUGAGCGGAGGGAGUCCCUCUUCUAGACUGUAAACAAGCCUUCCACGUCGUCGGCAGCCGAGCGCCACAAUACAUAGCUCAUCAAACGAUUUUGUGAGCAGGCCCGCGGUGAAGGACCCGUUGCACCGUAGGCCCUCGGAGGCCCCACAAGGGCCCCACCCUGUCUGAACACUGCAGGUUCCGUCCGCCUCCAGAAUGACGGUUGCCACGGGUGACCCCGUCGACGAGGCAGCGGCGCACCCGGGUCUGCCCCUCGAACACUACGACCCGGACCCGGACCACGAGUGCUGUGAGCGGGUUGUCAUCAACGUUUCGGGCUUGCGCUUCGAGACCCAGUUGAAGACCAUCUCCCAGUUCCCCGAGACCCUGCUGGGCGAUCCAAAGAAGAGGAUGAGGUACUUCGACCCGCUGAGGAACGAGUACUUUUUCGACCGCAACCGACCGAGUUUCGACGCCAUCCUCUACUACUAUCAAUCGGGAGGCCGGCUGCGUCGACCCGUCAACGUGACUCUCGACAUCUUCUCCGAGGAGAUUCGGUUCUACGAGCUGGGCGAGGAGGCGAUCGAGAUUUUCAGGGAGGAUGAGGGCUUUAUCAAAGAAGAAGAGCGGCCCCUUCCGGAAAACGAGUUCCAAAGACAAGUGUGGCUGCUCUUUGAAUACCCAGAGAGCUCGGGUCCCGCUCGCAUCAUCGCCAUCAUCUCCGUCAUGGUGAUCCUCAUCUCCAUCGUGAGCUUCUGUCUAGAGACCCUGCCCGUUUUUCGCAACGACGACGAGGAGAUGCACAAAGUCUAUCCGCCUCACUACAACCAGACCUACGUCUACACCUCGACAUACUUCACCGACCCCUUCUUCAUCCUGGAGACCCUCUGCAUCAUCUGGUUCUCCUUUGAGUUCCUGGUGAGGUUUUUCGCGUGUCCGAGCAAAGCCGGGUUCUUUGGCAACAUCAUGAACAUCAUUGACAUCGUCGCCAUCAUUCCCUACUUCAUCACCCUGGGAACAGAGCUGGCCGAGCGACCAGAGGACGGCCAGGCGGGCCAGCAGGCCAUGUCCCUGGCCAUCCUGCGCGUCAUCCGUCUCGUCCGGGUGUUCCGUAUCUUCAAGCUCUCCCGUCACUCCAAGGGGCUGCAGAUCCUGGGACAGACGCUGAAGGCCAGCAUGCGGGAGCUGGGCCUACUCAUCUUCUUCCUCUUCAUCGGAGUCAUCCUCUUCUCCAGCGCCGUCUACUUCGCCGAGGCGGACGAGCCGGACUCCCAGUUCAGCAGCAUCCCCGAGGCCUUCUGGUGGGCUGUGGUCUCCAUGACCACGGUGGGCUACGGGGACAUGGUCCCCACCACCAUCGGGGGGAAGAUCGUGGGGUCCCUGUGCGCCAUCGCCGGCGUGCUGACCAUCGCCCUGCCCGUGCCCGUCAUCGUCUCCAACUUCAACUACUUCUACCACCGCGAGACGGAGGGCGAGGAGCAGGCGCAGUACCUGAACGCCCCCAGCGUGCCUAAGGUGGAGUCGGCGGAGGACCUGAAGAAGAACGGUCGGAGCGGCAGUGGAUCCACCAUGAGCAAAUCGGACUACAUGGAGAUCCAGGAGGCGGUGAAUCACACCACUGAGGAGUUCCGCCCCGAGACCAUGAAGACAGGCAACUGCACCCUAGCCAACACUAACUAUGUUAACAUCACCAAAAUGCGUACGGAUGUAUAACCUGAGCUGAACGGCCUUUGGUUUGAUGAGGAGGUAUGUCUGACGGCGAGGGAGGAGGUCUUCUUCCUGCUGAUCUACAUGUGGGGCCCCAGACAGGGUGUCCAGAACAGAUCGGUCCAGGGGACUACGUGGGCCAGGGUCCCAAUAGGACAUGUAACAUCUAUCACGGGAUAACUGGCUGCCAUCCCAUUCCCCUUUUUUCAAACUUUCAGUGUCUGCAUGGAUUAUCUUUGUGACUAUUCAGUAAUCAACUCUUCUUACAGUGGUAGCCUAAAAGUAGCCUAACCAGUAAUAAUCAAUAGUAUAGAAGCAUUAAGUGUCCAGCGGUUGGCAUUAUCCUGCUCAAACUGCCGUUUCUAGAACUUGCACAAACAUAUGUUUUCCGCCUUACAAAAAAUGUAGUACAACGGUAAACAGGAGCACUAUCUCUUGCUCUUAUUUCCAGGAACCUGACUCCUCACUAGAUAGCACAGCAUCUCAAAGGUGUUGAACGCAUCGGUUCGCUUUUUCCCCACUAUAUCAGCCAAUUCUGAUCCCUGCCUUCUCAGAGGCGUGGUUCAUGGAUGACCACGCUACAAUCCCAAUCCACAGUAACACGAUACCUUUUAACUGCCAACUCUAACUUCAAGGGGAUGUAAGCACACACGCCAGAUAAGCCUCUGCCUCGCCCAGUGCCUGUCUGUAGUGUUUGCAGGUGGAUUAGGGGGCGGAAAAAAGCAUCUCCUUCCACGCAGAGAGAAUGUUCCAUUUAUUUAUUGAUAUGAGUAAAUUUGAUGUGCUACUUUUUUAUUGAUUACUGUCCUUCAGGAAUGGUAUGGAUGUGUGGAUGUUUCCCUUUGAGGUUGAGUGCCUGUUGGUUAAGGCAGGCAGACGGUUGGGAGAGACACUGCCCACCACAUCGGUAGUGUUGUGAGUGCCUACUAGGUCUACCCCUCUCUUACACUUCCAGCAAGUGUCUCUCCCCACCCCCCUUUUCUCUUUAACAGAACACUGUUAUUAACAACUGCCCAGCAACAACUGUCUGUUUUCCUACUUCAUAGCAUUCCAUUUUUGUAGUGAUAGAUACAAGAGUAUGUUUUUGAUAAAUCAUUUAUGUUCCUUUUUAUUUUGAGCAGUUAGCAUCACAUGGUUGAACUUUUAUGGCUGUGAACCUUGGUAGUAUAGAAUGUAGGCUACUACAGAUCAUUUAAUAUGUAGAUCAACGAUGCAUUAAUAAUUUCUAAGAGGCUUUCCAUUAGCAAAGACCUUGGACAAUUACAUAGAAGUUUCCGAAGCUAAAGAGAAUCAAUUUACGAAACAUAACAAGUUUGACUACUUAGCUAGACCAGCCAUGACAGAUUUGCAGUAUCCAUAUAUAUAUAUGUAGAGAGAUAUAUAGAUAUCUCUCUAUGUAUAUAUAUAUAUAUAUAUAUAUAUAUAUAUAUAUAUAUAUCAGCAGAGAGGGAUUGGCAAGGUGCAGCUCUAUUACUUUUAGUUUUGUUUAUCUUCAACAAAAAUAUUUCUUGUGUCAUCCCAAACCGUGUCAGUAUUGAUCUCAGAGGGGGGUUGAUCCUAUUAGAGAGAAAUCUUUUGAAGUUGCAACAAGCCAACAAUUGUUGACUAAAUCGAGACUAGACUAGAAUUUAUCGUGAUGAGACCAGACUGCAUUUAUUUAUUGAUUUAUUUGUAUUAAGUUCACCAAAGAAACCUGCCACAUGACUAAUCUUUGAUUGUAAAAGAGGACACAUUUUUCCAAAGUUUACUACUUCCAAUCCAUCAUACUAAAUUGUUUAAUUCCUACGGUACAAUUUGACAACGAUGAAAUGCUAGGGAAAGUUUGCCAGGACCUGCUAUAAGCCUAUUUCAUAAGCUUUUUAUCCAAAUAGCAUGCAUGCCCUAUGAAUUAGUCUUUGUAGCAUGCAAAGUGUGAAUGAUGUAAAAAUAACACAUCUAUAAGAGCAAAAGUACAUAUAUCUCUAUUUUUUCAAUACGACAAACACGACCGCUAAGUGCAAUAUAUAAAAGACAAACGUUGACUGGUUGGAUGUUGUAUGCCGAUUGACAAAUGCACCGAUUUAUUGUUAAAAACAUCUAAGUGAUGAGUGACAUUUAACCAGCUCCACUGUAAAGUAAAUAAUAAGGUGAAAGUCCAGAAGGUUAACGGCAAGAGGAAAAACAGAGAUGCAAAGCUGUGUGUCAAUUCUUCACAAGUCCAAAUUAGCCUCAGCUAGAAAGCCGUCUAUGCUAUCAGAUUCAUAACAACAGAUGUUGGUCCCCUAUGAACAGGAGAUGAGGGGUAUACAAGCCACGGGGCUGGUGUUCAGCAGAGUGGAUCCUAAUGCUCCUGGGGUGUGUCUUGAGUGGAUCUCUAUCGGAGCUGCAUGCCCUGCGACCACUGGAGAUGCGGUGUGUCCAUGUAGUGCAUC